CACAAUCCUCGAAAGUCUGAAAAAGAAGUUCCAGAGUUCUUCACGGAAACUAUCACGAGUCGUGGCAGCACUCAUUCUAUUCUUGGAUUCCAGCUCUACGACCAAGGAGAAACUUCAUCUCUUCAAAAGAGAUCUCUUGCUAGACUACGUAUCGAAGGAGUUUAACCUAGGCCUGCCUGAUUUCGAGCACAGACAGCUAUGGCUGAUGAUGCUUGAGGUCUUUUCUACUUCAGAUAUGCGACCACUGUCAAACAAGGACAGGAGAAAUGCGAAUUGCAUGGGAAUGAUCGCCGAGGAGAUGGUCGGUCGUGAUGAAGAGCAAGAAACUGGCAUGGGAAUGAUCGCCGAGGAGAUGGUCGCUGAUGAAGAGCAAGAAAGUAAGAGUUCCAUACAACGCUUAUCUUCAAGUAAAGACGUAGACGACAUGAAGAUAAACAACGACCUUUUCUCUUUUUCAGCUAUUUCUUUGCAGACACUGCGAGUCUUAUUGGAAGUGACUUGUAUGGAGCAAUGUCAGGGACGAUUAGAAGACAUAUUAGUGGACAGCUCGUUGUCGUCUUCGAGUUCAACUUCGGCUCUGAAACGUCUGCAGAGAGAUGUAGCAGCUUCUUUACAAGAUGCUCUUAUUCUGCGCCAGACUUCAAAAAUCCACGACGGCAACCACCUGAAUCCUCCUCUGGACGCUGUAUGUAUAAUCGCUCGAGAAGUCUCUAUUCCUCCGUAUGCAGCCCACAUGAUACUUCGUCCGGAAUCAAGAUGGGAAGGAAAUGCACAAGAGAGUGGUAAUGAAGAAGAUUGUGGUGGUCAACAAGAAGUAAAGCACGACCUUGACGAGUUUCGCAGGCGUAGUGUUUGCAGCCAUUCUUGAUGUUGAGAUGAAAGAUUUUUUGAUUUCGUAGCUCAUCUGUGUAAGUAGAAAACGUUGUUUCCGCUGCUUCUUUUGUUUCACUGCGACUCAUCAUUCCUGAUAACGAAUAGACCCGCAAUGAGACCAUAUUCGCUUUCCAUUGUCCUGAUGAAUCGUCUUCGUUGUAGCAACGAGGCAGUCAAAGGUGCUGACACUGAAGACAGGGGUGGAAAUUAUUAGUGUGAAACAACAACAAAUUGUAAUCGGAAUUCAGGUCGCAAUUGGCUGAUUAAGACAAUAUGACUCAAUGAAGAUAAUGGAGAUGAACAACCUGAAGUACGAAGAUGAUUCAGAUGCGAGAACAAAUGCGACCGGAUAUUUUUUUAUCACUCCACAAACAAAUCACAAUCAGAGACAUAUCAGAAGAUGCAGGAAUAUCAUAUAUUUUUUUAUGAUGCGAUAGGGGUUACA